AUGGGCAUUACAGGUCUUUUUCCGCUUUUAAAAGAUAUAACAUGCGAUGUUCAUUUGAGAUCUUUCUCCGGAAAAGUGGCCGCAAUCGACGUUUACUGCUGGCUUCUCGAGACUGUUGUUUUCUGUGUCGAAGAGAUAAUUUUAGGGAUCGAAACAACGCGGUACGUAUCAACACUUCGUUCUUACAUGUGGUUAAAGUGCUUGAUUUUGAACGUAAGCUUCUCUUCAGUACUCUUCUCACCUCAGAUUUUUUUCCAGGUACAUUGACGUGUGCAUGAAGGAUACUGAUCUUCUCAUCGAAAAUAAUGUGGUCCUAUUAUGGCUCUUGGUGCAACCUAUUCUGGUUUUCCAGAAGAAGCUGAGCGCAAGGCAAAAGUGGAAUCCUCCCUCGCUAACUUGUUGA